AUGAAAGUGAUGAAUUACAUUCUUAUAUACCUAUUACUACACUUUAAACUAUUUGAAGCUUCAUCAAUUAACUCAAAUAGUGGCUAAUCCUAAAUUGUGAAGGAUUUUGCAUAUGCUCCAUGCGAUCCUAGCAAUAUUUAAGAGUAAUUGGGAUUCUCAUAUUAUGGAAUUAAUUUGCUUCCCAUUGAUGAUUUACCCUACAUCACUAGUUUCAGCAUUUCAGGAUGGUUUCUUUUCAGAUAAAUUUACAACUAAAAUUAUGAUAUCCUAACUGUGUUUGAGAAUACUAGCACUUUUUUAUUCAAAAUUUAAUAAAAUUUCCUUGCUCAGUAGGUUAGUUCUACUCUUUCAGAUUCUUCAUAAGUUUUUUCUAAAAGCAACUUGCUUUUUUAAUUUUCAUUAUAAAAUUGGUAUUUCUGCUAGUUCAGUUUAGAGUACAACUAAUAACAAAGCAAGAUGUAUUUAAAAUCUUAUAUCUAUUAAUCAUAAACCUAAUAUUUAUAUUCUUCUCUGUAGUUUACAAGAAGUAGUUCCUUUUAGAGCAGUGGUUUAAUUUUUAAUUUAGGUAAUAGCUAAGGAGGAUCAAAUAUUUCUCCUAGCUGUACUCUUUUAAAACAAGUUUAUUUAUAUUGGAAUGUAAACCAGUAAAGCGCAUUUUAGCUAAAAUAUGAUUAAGCUUCUAUGGACACUUUUAUAUUUUGGAGCUACGACUUUGCAUAUACCCAACAAAAUAAAGAUUAUUUUAUAGAAGACAUUCCACCUGGAAAUAAGCUUCCGCUACCAUUUAAAUAAGCUUCUAGCUUUUAAAUAAUAAACAAUUAAUUUGUCUAAACAGAUUAUAUUAAUUGCAAAGAAUAGAAUGGAUUUGUUAUUUCUUUUCAUUUUAAAUUCGAUGCAUCUACAAACUUGUCUAAUGGAAUUACGAUAUACUUAGUAAAAUUUGUGCAAUUACAAAAUUUAAUGUAAAUUUCUGUUGUAAACGGUGAAUUAAUCUUUUCUGCUCACUUCAGAUAUUACAAAGGAUUUUAUUUUACAGAUAACUCUUCAUGCUUUCUAUAGGGUUCUAAAUCAGAUAAUUCUUGUAUUAUUUGUAAAAGUGAUUACUUAAUUGAUUAUUAAAAUAAUUUCACAUGCAUAUAACCAUCAAGCAUUAAUUAUAGUACACUAAUAGACAGUGUGAAAGAUUGGUAUCCUAAAUAAUUCUAGUGCUAAUAAGAUAUGAUACUUGAUAGAUAAACUGGAAUAUGUAAAUGUAGACAUUAAUUUUAUAGAAAAGGAGAUUAAUGCUACUAAUGCAAAAAUUAUUGCUAAGGCUGUAUUGAUGCUAAUACAUGUAUAUAAAUGGAUCCUAAUAGAAUGUAAAAUGGUGCUUGCAGCGCUGGUCAUUUUGAUGAUGGCUAUUCCUGCUUAUUAAUUAAAUUUAACUUAGAUAGUCAAUAAAAUUUUUAUAGAACUUUGUUUAUUUAAUAAGCUGGAGGAGUUUGUAACUAAAAUCCAGACCCAUCUACAUAAGUAACAUAUCCUAUAUUAAGAAUAUUAACAAAAGUUGGUUAGCUAUUUGCUUUUUAAUUUAAAAUUAUAACACCUGAAGCAUAUUCGUGCCUUGCUUACUUAGCAGAUAACUUAGGUAAUGAAGUUUUCACAGUAAUGUUCAAGACACAGACAGUUACUUCACCUUGGGGAACAACUGGUUCUAUUUCAUAUUACUAUGUUGCUUUCUUAGCAAAUGGCGUUGCUUUGUAAUAGUUUUAUGAUUAAAAUACAGGCGCAAAACUUAAUAUUUCAGCAAAUCCAAAUAAUGCUUUUUUUGAUAGGUUUAAAGGAAUUCUGUUCUCGCCAUAAAAUUCAGGAUAAAUUUCUAAUUUGUCUCUUUAAAAUAGAAUACCAACAAUUUCAUUGGAAUAUUACAUAGUUCCCUACGGGACUAGAGCUUUCAUAAGAAUUUGCUACAAUGAUUUACAAUAUUUCUAUAAUUCAAAGUGUUAAGAUACAGUUUACUCAAUGCUAUUUUUGAAUUAACCUAAUACACUUUAAAUCAUUUAUAGAAAUAAAAGUCCCUAUUUUAGUGAUAUAUUUAUUUAAGAGUUUGAAAUAAUCUGUAAUUACCAAGUUGAAAUUAUGACAUUCACUAAUUCUCGUUUAUCUUCAAUUACCACUGAUACACUUUUUUUAUUCGAACAAACACAAGAUUAAAAUUUUGGAAAUUUUCUUAUUUACUUAAAUUAAAUUGAAAUUCAUGUAGGAGACGGUUCCUAUUAUGAAGAUAUAUCUAAUUAUAAACAGUGCUUUCUAUUUAAGAAUUUUUAUGAUAUGAAGUGCAUAGUCUUAAAAAGUGGCUUUUUGCUUUAUAAUAAUGUUAUAAUAACACAAUAAGAUUGUCUUUCAUACUCAUAAUAUUUAGGAACUCUACAUGUAAUUAACUACUCAGCUCAGUAAUGCAUAGAUACGAAACUUACAAAUUUAUGUAUCGAAAUCUAUAGUUAAAGCUAAAAUAUCAAGUGUAAAACUUGCAAAUAUCCAAAUGCAGAUCCAAAUAAUAAUUGUUUGUGCCCAUCAGGAAUGUUUUUUGAUUCAACUACUUUAUCAUGUUAAAAAUGUAACCCGUACUGUUUAACUUGCAAAACUUCAAGUGAUAAUUGUACUUCUUGCUUGUAUACAGAUUAAGCACCUCCUCAAUGCAAUUGCAUUUAAAAAAAUAUGUAUUUAGAUACAAAUCAUGUAUGCUAAUAUUGCUCUUAUAAAUGCCUAUCAUGUGAAUUUUAAUCUGAUUUAUGCACAUAGUGCGGAUAUAAUAGAGAGACACCUCCACUAUGUAAUUGCAGCCCAUAAUACUAAGAGAUUAACUAAACAUGCGAGCCAUUAAGUUGUGAUAAAAAGUGUGAAAGCUGCUAAAAUAGUUCAUAGAAUUGUGCUACUUGCAAAUAAGGUAGAAUUUAACCUCCUAACUGUGUCUGUGAUAUAAAUUAUAUAGAAAAUUUAUUUGAUGGUACAUGCGUUCCUUGUCCUUAAGGAUAAUUUUAUGACUCAACAUAAUAAGCGUGCAUAGCUUGUAUUGCACCUUGUAAAUCAUGUGUUGGCUAAGCAAAUAACUGCUUAGAAUGCUAGGAAGGUUUCAUAUACGAAAAAAAUGAUUGUAAAUGUUAAGAAGGAUUCUCAGUAGCUAAAAUUUAAAAUAACAAAUAUGAUUGUUUGAAAAAUAUGGGAGUAAGUCUAGAUGUUAUUUAUUCUAAGUCAUUAUACUAUCUUCACUUUAAAUUUGAUUUAGAUAUUGAAAAUAUAAAAAUUCCAUCAAAUUUAUAUUCCAUAAGCAAUCCAACUGUUUCAGGAAAUAAGCUUAUUGUGAAGAUAAAUAUUAUGAAAAGUUUCCAAACUUUGUCUGGUAAAGUUAAAUUUUUUGACACAAGUUAAAUUGUUGAUGUAUCAUAGAAUUAUGUUCUCGAUAGAAUAUAUUAAAUAAAUCCACUUUCUUUUACUAUUGGACCUUUCGUAUUUAAUGAAUCUACUCUAGGUUCUGGGUUUGUGAACUAAAUUUUAGAUAAUUUAGAAUACAAAAAUGGAGGUGUAAAUAAAAUGGCUUAAGAGUAUUAGUUAAUCUUAUAUCUUAUAAAUACAGCUUAACCAACUUUGCUUUUUUUCCUUUUAAAGGCUCAGUAUCCUCCUAAUUUAUAUAAAUUCUAUUAGAUCUUAGGAAAGCUAAUUUUCCCAGAAAUAGUUGAUUACUAGUUAAUCUUAUAAAUCUAAAAUUAUUUAAAGAAUAAAUUCAGAGAAUGA